AUGAUUUCAUUGGUUUACAUUACAAUAGGGUUCGUCCUGUAUCGGAUCGCCCGCAUAGUUUAUAACCUGUACUUGCACCCGCUCGCCAAGGUCCCGGGCCCCAAGCUCUACGCCGCAUCGUGGUUCCCGCGCCUCUGGCGGCAGCACCACAAAGGCUGCCACCACACCGACCUCGUUCAGCUCCACGAGAAGUAUGGCCCGAUUGUGCGCGUGGGACCGGACGAGGUGUCAAACUCGUCGGCGGCGGCCUGGGAUGCCAUCGGCGGCGGCUCGCAGCAGUUUAUGCGCGACCCCCACUUCUUCAUCGUCUCGCAGCUGCAGACCACGGGGAGCAAGAGCUUCAUCUCGCUCGAGAAGAGCGAGCACCACUCGAUCCGCAAGCUCAUGAUGCCGGCCUUUUCCAACAAGACCUACCUGCUGCACGAGUCGCUCGUCAACUCGUGGCUGGGCAAGCUGACGAGCCACAUCGCCGCCAAGAACGGCGCAGAGCUCAACAUUGAGCGCAUGUUUGUCUGGUUCACUUUUGACGUUAUGGGUGCGCUCAGCUUCGGCGAGAAUUUUGGCUGCCUCGACCAGGAAAAGGACCAUCAGUACCUGCGGGCCGCCGAGCUGGGCGCCCCCUGCCUCUCCAUCAUGCAGAUCCUCCUGCGUUUCCCGGCGACGCAGGGCCUGUACGACGUCGCGCGCAAGCUGCCGUGGAUGCGCCUGUGGAACUCGCUGCGCGAGAUGUCUGACGACUCGGCCUCGCGCUGGCUCGAGACGGUCCACGACGAGAAGCGCACCGACAUCAUGGCCACCGUCUACCGCGGCAUGCAAAACACAAAGGACCCCAUCAGCCGCCACGAGGCCCUCGACGUCGCCUCCAUCUUGGUCCUGUCGGGCGCCGAGGCCACCCCGAUCCUCAUGACCGCCAUGCUGUGGAACCUCCUCAGCAACCCGCGCUGCUACGAGCGUCUGUGUCGUGACGUCCGCGAGUCGGGCAUCAUCAACGGUCCCGCCGACUUUACGGCCGCCAAUGUGGAAAAGAUCCCCUACAUGGAGGCCGUCAUGCUCGAGGCCCUCCGGCUGGACACGCCCUUUGCCACAACUAUACCGCGCAUUGUGCCAGAGGGAGGCGCGUGGGUAGAUGGCUACUGGCUGCCUGGAGGUACCUCGUGUGGUAUACCUCACUAUACCGCCGGCCACUGGGCACAAAACUUUAGCGACCCAGACACCUUCGUCCCCGAGCGGUGGAUGGCCAGCGAGCGACCAGCCAAGUACGAGUCGGAUAAAAGAGGUGUAUUCCGUCCCUUCUCCAAAGGCAGCCUCGACUGCAUUGGCCAGCGCUUCGUUCGUCACGAGGUCGGCAUGGCCUUUGUCGCUCUGCUCUGGAACUUUGACUUUGAACUUUCAGACAGGUCGCUCGACUGGAAAACGGCCAACGGAGCUGAGCAUAUCCGCAUCAUUCGGAAGAAGAGGCCACUCUGGGUGAAGGCCAUCCCACGGAAUGUUCCAAGUGCAGUUUAA